AUGGUUGAUUAUCGUAUAGUUUCAAAAUUCUUACCAAAAACACAUCUCCACCAAUGUCGUUGCAUCCUUGUUAUACUUUUCCCGCCUAAAGUCGUAGUGAGUGCUUUAGCAGAAUUUACCUACAAAAGGGUUAGCUUACACGGUAAUCCAUUAGACUGCACGUGUUACGUGGAAGAGUUGAAGCGUCACAUGUUGGAUCGUUAUGUUUAUCGGCGUGAGCUGCAAUACGAACAUACUUGUUGUGCAACACCUGAACAUCUUCAAGGCACACCUGUAUACAGACUUGAUCAUGUUGCUGAUUGUCCAUUUUUAUUCGGCGCUCGUUACGGUUUAUCACAAUUUUCUGAAAUUGAAAUUUUAUUUUUAUUUCUUAUCAUUUUUGCAUUAUCAGCUGCCUUGUUGAUUUUGGUUGCAUACAAACGAUCAGAACGACGACAAAAAAAAUAUGCAGACAUAACAGAAUCACAAUCAAGGAUAGCAUUGACACUGUCACAUCAUCUAAGCAAUUCACCAACAUCAUUAACUGAACCAUUAAGUCCACUGCCGAAAUCACCGAUUUCCGGGAUUUCAACGAAAAUGCCAUCACCACCGCCUUCCAUUCUACCCAUUAUUUAA